CUCAAGCUGCUGCUGGAGUUAAGCUUUGUGAAGAAUUAGUUCUGAUCUGUUUUUGAGUGCUGAAGUUGGGGAAAAUGGAGAGAAGAUAUUUGUUUGCUUGAUUCCACAUGACAACUCCAGGGUAACUGAAUAGACUGUACGGUUGGUUUGACAAGGCUGUGCACUGAGCCAGCAGCCUCGCAUACCAGAGACAGGGGGAUGGAAGGGAGACUGACAACUGUAAUGGAUUUUAUCAGAAUUUCUCUAAAGAGCGACAAUUUGCCUUCAAUUAUUAAUGUUUUUCAGAGGUUUCUCUUCUGAGAGCGUCUUUCAUCCAAGGCAUCCAAAGCACUUCAUACAAUCCAGUGUAUUAAGCAUGGCAACUUGUCUGCGAGAUGGGGGCCAAGGAAGUCUUGAAAUAUGCCCCAGAGUUAUUCUUCAUAUUAAAUUGAUCACUAGUCCACAGGAUUGUUUCCAUUCUGUCCUCAUCUGAGUCAUUCAUGCACAUGGUGCAUGCAGAGGUCUGGCUGAGUGGCAGCGAAUGCAGCCAUGCAUCAUCUGUUUGGGCUGGUUUUGGCACAAAAGGACCUUUCACGUGCAGGGGAUCUUUUCUCCUUAGAGGAUGCUGAAAUUGAAGGAAGCCUCUCAGAAGCUCUUGAACAAAUAAGAAUAAUUAGUUCAUCUGCGGACUACCAGACCAAUGACAAUGACCAGGCUGUGGUGGAAAUCUGCAUCACUCGCAUCACCACUGCCAUCAGGGAGACAGCGUCCAUAGAAAAGCACGGGAAAGCCCUUGUGGCUCUCUGGGAGUCAUGUCUAGAACACAACCUGAAGCCCUCUGGAAAAGAUGAGGACACACCACAUGCAAAAAUUGCAUCCGAUAUCAUGAGCUGUAUCUUGCAGAAUUACAAUCGACCUCCCAUAAUGGCCUUAGCUGUUCCAGUGGCGGUGAAAUUUCUUCAGAGGGGCAAUAAGGAACUGUGCAGAAACAUGUCAAGUUAUCUAUCCUUGGCUGCAAUUGCUAAAGCAGAUCUGCUGGCUGAUCACACAGACACUAUUGUCAAAAGUGUCCUUCAAGGGAACUUGAUGCUGCUGCGUGUCCUGCCUGCUCUGUACGAGAAGCAACCGCAGCCGAUAAACCUCCAUCUGAGGGAGCUGGUGGCACUGAUGGCUCAGCUGGAUCAAGCCGAACAACACCACCUCCUCAGGCUCCUCCAGAUCGUGGCUAGGAAAAAAGAAACUUGGGGUAAAACCGUGCUGAAAGAGUGUAUGCCUUUUCUAUUUGGACACUUGAAAGACCCUAACCAUAGUGACAUUAUUCUAAACAUACUUAUAGAAAUAUCCACCUAUGAACCAACAGCCUUAGCCACUUUUCUUCCAAUGCUGAAGGAAGUUGGUGAGAGUUUGCCAAAUUUGAUUGGGCAAACAGCAAAGAUCUUUGGAGCUGUUGGACAUGUUGAUGAGGAGCGAGCCAGAAUAUGCUUGAUGUAUUUGGUGAACCAGCUGGCCAACAUGGAGCACUCGUUUCACCAUAUUCUUUUGCUGGAAAUUAAGAGUCUCACUGACACCUUCUCGGGCAUAUUGGGCACCCAGAGCAGAGAUAUCUACCGCAUGAGCAACAGUUUCACUGCCAUAGCCAAACUCCUUGUCCGACAGCUAGAGAAUGACAACACAUCAGGAGCCAGGAUGGAAAAUGAUACUGGAACAGAAUCCCCUAUACCACUGGAUGAUUUAAAAUCUGUUAUGAAUGGAAAUGAAGAAGAUGAAAAGCUUCAAGUUAAAAUACAGGCUUUUGAAGAGAAAAUAAAUGUCGACAACAGUACUCCUGGCUCAGUGCGGAGAUACAGUUUAGGCCAGGUUUCUAAAGAAGAAAGGAAGGAUAUGAGAUUUAACAGGUCCAAAAGCCUCGCUUUGCAUGCAGUCCGCGCGAAGGGGGUAAACUCAGAGAGUGGACAGGACGAGGAGAACAGGGAGAUAACUGCUGGUAUCUCCUUCACCGAGAUCUACAUUAGCCAAGAAAAUGACAAAUUGCCUUUUAGUGUUGAUACUGAAGCAAUGCAACUGGGAAAUUCUUUGGUUUCACACCAAAGUAUCGAUUACAUGGAAUCAGCAAAUUUGCCAGAGUCUACUAAAGAAAAGACCCUCGAAGGAAGCGCAGAGGCAGUGACACGACCUGUGGAAUACCAGGACAAGCUCUACUUGCACUUGAAGGAAAACCUGGGUAAAGUGAAAGCAUAUGUCACAGAGAUGGGGAGGAAAAUUCCUAUCCCCGAUCAAUGUGUUAUUGAAGAUACCGUUAGAAGUUGUGUAGCAAAGCUGUUCUUCAGCUGUCCCCUGAAGGGCCACUACUGCUUGUACAGUAAAUCCAGUUUUACCCUCAUCAGCCAGCAGCCUCCACUGUGGAUCCAUAUCAUGUUCCUCUUUCAGCAGAGCUUGUUUGCAGAACCUUUGUCCAUACAGAGUAAUUCUGUGCAAGUCCUUAAGGCCCUGUGGGAGAAGACACAGCUCAAGGGGACACACAGUUUUGAAACUGCCAUGAUCCAGUCUACAUUUCCACACCAAAAGGACCUGGACCACGUGCAGAUGCACCUGGAAGAAGUGAGGUUCUUUGAUUUAUUCGGCUACAGCGAGGAAGCGGGAACUUGGCAGUGUUUCAUGUGCAAUAACCCUGAAAAGGCAACAGUUGUAAAUCAGGAUGGCCAACCUCUGAUUGAAGGCAAGCUUAAAGAGAAGCAAGUCCGGUGGAAGUUUAUCAAAAGGUGGAAAACUCGCUACUUCACUCUGGCUGGCAACCAGCUGCUUUUUCGGAAAGGAAAAUCUAAAGAUGACCCCGACGACUGCCCCAUCGAGCUCAGCAAGGUGCAGAGCGUUAAAGUGGUGGCAAAGAAGCGCAGGGACCGCAGUCUGCCCCGAGCCUUUGAGAUCUUCACCGACAGCAAGACCUACGUUUUCAAGGCCAAAGACGAGAAGAACGCCGAGGAGUGGCUUCAGUGCAUCAACGUCGCCGUCGCCCAGGCUAAAGAGCGGGAGAGCCGAGAGGCCACCACCUACCUGUAGAGCUGCGGGCACCUCCGUGGCCAUGCCAGAAAACCAAACGUGUCUGGGACCGCUCCGGCGCAGAGCAUCCCACUGCCGUACCGUGGACCUCUUUUACCUGCAAAAGCCCCGUCGGCUCCGGGAUCAUGGGAAACUGUGGGGAAGACGGGGUGUUAGCAUGGGCUAGGGAGAGCUUUGUCCAGGGCGAGAGGUCUACGGCAUCAAUAACGCUACCCGGUGAUGGCGUGCCACCAUGCGGGAGUGCUCCCUGGCACUGGGACGUUGGCUGGUGUGGAAGCAGCUUCCACGUCCCUGUGUGAAAUGCAGUUUUUUGUCUUCAGCCUAAUGGCCUGCAAGCCAGGAGACGUGGUUAGAAACGAACCUGGACCCCAUCCCCUCAGCCUUUGCUUCUGAGAUGCACAAGGUCUCGGUGGCUUGAAUGCCGAGAGCAUUCGAGUGCGUAAGGACUUCUGCUUUCCUCAAUCACUUUCUGUCUGUAAAAGGAUAAUUUUCCUUCUUAUUUAAUCUCAGUGUACUUUAUCCUUUUACUGUUUAUAUGUGUCUGUGGAAAAAAUCAAAUUUGCUGCUUCUUUCAGGUUUGAAAUUGAGCCAUUUUAAAGAUUUAAUA